AGUUUAAACGAACCACAGAGGCGAAUGGAUUUUCGGAUUUAGGUGGUAAAAGUGAUGACGAUAUUUAUUUUAGAUACUUUCAUCUAUGGUAUAUAUGAAUGUAUUAAUAUCAGCUUAAUAUGCAAACGAAGUUAAUGUAAGAAAUUUAAAAAAUUCCGUAAAAAGCGCAUAUCUUGCAAUAAACUAUUCUCAAUCAGUAUAAUGUGAAAGUGCGAAAAAGUUAAAUAUAUUCAUACAUCUUUAUAUGUAUAUAUCCAUAAGUGAAAUAACAACAAUAAAAAAUAAAUGUUCUAAUAAAUGUGAAUGUAUGUUCAUAAAUAAAUAUACAUAUAUUUGAAAAUAGUGUGAUGCUAAAAAACACACAUGUUCAACGAAAAGUAAAUAUUAAGUGAUGUUGUUAAACACCCUUUGAAAGUGAUUAAUAGAUAUAUAUUUCAUAUCAAAAAAAGUUAACGUUCGUAACAACAGUAGCAACAGCAGCAAUAAUUAUAAAAUAUCGAAUUAUAAAUAUUAAUGGACGAUUAGUCGGUUGCUUCUUCCGUUCCUCAUAAUUUAAUCAUAAUAUUAUUUCUACCAUCCCUCCGUUGUUACACUUUUUGUCUGUAAAUCAACGCACUUAAAAACCAGCAGAAAAUAAAUAAAAAUGAAUUCAAUAAUUAAUUUCAACAAUUUACUUACGUCUGAUGCGAAGUGGGAGCUGCUUUAAGAAAUACGGAGCCAUUUAUUUCUAAAAUAGUUCACAACAUUUACACAAAAGGACUCAAUUCGCUCUCCCGCUCUCCUGAAAAAUCUCAGGUCAACCUUAAAUAGGUUAAUAGCAAAAUAUAACCACAGCAAGGAUCAUUGUAACCAAAAGCAAUUAAAUUUGCUGGGAUCAAAGAUUUAUAAAAGCGGAGGGCGCUUAUUGAAAAUGGCGCCUCGGAUAUAGCUAUAAUCCAAAGCUAACCCGCGACAUCCAUGUGCCUCAUGCCUUGGAAAUCUGAGGCUCUCACUGCUGGCCGUAUAGACAAUGACAGAAGAUUCCGACUCGAUAUCUGAGGAAGAACGUAGCUUGUUCCGUCCCUUCACCCGCGAAUCGUUGAUUCAAAUUGAAAAACGCAUAGCCGCUGAAUAUGAAAAACAAAAGGAGUUUGAAAGAAAAAGAGCCGAGGGCGAGGUGCCGCAAUAUGGUCGCAAGAAAAAACAAAAAGAAAUCCGAUAUGAUGACGAGGACGAAGAUGAAGGUCCACAACCGGAUCCUACACUUGAACAGGGCGUGCCAAUACCUGUUCGAUUGCAGGGCAGCUUCCCUCCGGAACUGGCCUCCACUCCUCUCGAGGAUAUUGAUCCUUUUUAUAACAAUAUACUGACCUUUGUAGUUGUAAGUAAGGGAAAAGAUAUUUUUCGCUUUUCUGCAUCCAAAGCAAUGUGGUUGCUCGACCCGUUCAAUCCCAUACGUCGCGUAGCUAUUUAUAUUUUAGUGCAUCCGUUGUUUUCGUUAUUUAUAAUUACAACUAUUCUGGUUAACUGCAUUCUGAUGAUCAUGCCAACGACGCCAACAGUCGAAUCCACUGAGGUGAUAUUCACCGGAAUCUACACAUUUGAAUCAGCUGUUAAAGUGAUGGCACGAGGUUUCAUUUUAUGCCCGUUUACGUAUCUUAGAGAUGCAUGGAAUUGGCUGGACUUCGUAGUAAUAGCUUUAGCUUAUGUGACUAUGGGUAUUGACUUAGGUAACCUCGCAGCAUUGAGAACGUUUAGGGUAUUGCGUGCACUUAAAACAGUAGCCAUCGUGCCAGGUUUGAAGACUAUUGUUGGUGCUGUCAUCGAAUCAGUAAAAAAUUUGCGUGAUGUGAUAAUUUUAACAAUGUUCUCGCUGUCAGUAUUCGCUCUGAUGGGGCUACAAAUUUACAUGGGUGUUCUAACACAGAAGUGCAUUAAAAAAUUUCCCUUAGAUGGUUCAUGGGGAAAUUUGACUGAUGAAAACUGGGACUACCAUAAUCGUAAUAGUUCGAAUUGGUAUUCAGAGGAUGAUGGUUAUUCCUUCCCCCUUUGUGGGAAUAUAUCGGGUGCUGGGCAAUGCAGUGAUGAGUACGUUUGUCUGCAGGGCUUUGGUCCUAAUCCAAAUUAUGGAUACACCAGUUUCGAUUCAUUCGGUUGGGCUUUCCUCUCGGCGUUCCGUCUAAUGACACAGGACUUUUGGGAAGAUUUGUACCAGCUCGUUCUUAGAGCGGCUGGUCCCUGGCACAUGCUGUUUUUUAUAGUCAUCAUCUUCCUAGGUUCAUUCUAUCUUGUGAAUUUGAUUUUGGCCAUUGUUGCCAUGUCUUAUGACGAAUUACAAAAGAAGGCCGAAGAAGAAGAGGCUGCCGAAGAGGAGGCGAUUCGUGAAGCAGAAGAAGCGGCGGCAGCAAAAGCUGCCAAGUUGGAAGAACGAGCAAAUGCUGCAGCACAAGCAGCAGCGGAUGCAGCUGAAGCGGCCGAAGCAGCCUUGCAUCCGGAACUGGCAAAAAGUCCAACAUAUUCGUGUAUUAGCUAUGAGCUCUUUGUUGGUGCCGAGAAAGGAAACGAUGACAACAAUAAGGAGAAAAUGUCGAUACGCAGCGUUGAAGUUGUAUCGGAGUCGGUGAGCGUUAUUCAAAGACAACCAGCACCUACCACAGCACCCGCUACUAAAGUCAGAAAAGUAAGCACGACAUCCUUAUCCUUACCUGGUUCACCGUUUAACAUACGCAGGGGAUCACGUAGUUCACAUAAGUACACUAUUCGCAAUGGGCGAGGUCGUUUCGGUAUUCCUGGGAGUGACCGAAAACCCCUUGUACUGUCAACAUAUCAGGAUGCACAACAGCAUUUGCCAUAUGCCGAUGAUUCGAACGCAGUAACACCGAUGUCCGAAGAGAAUGGCGCUAUUAUUGUACCGGUAUAUUAUGGCAAUUUAGGUUCUAGACAUUCAUCAUAUACCUCGCAUCAAUCACGAAUCUCCUAUACAUCACAUGGCGAUCUGUUAGGGGGUAUGGUGGCUAUGGGUGUCAGCACGAUGACUAAAGAAAGUAAACUAAGAAGUCGUAAUACGCGCAACCAGUCAGCGGGUGCAUCAAAUGGCACUAGUUAUGUCGAUACAAAUCACAAGGAAUUACACCGAGACUUUGAAAUGGGCCUUGAAUGUAGCGAUGAAACUGGAAAAAUAAAACAUCACGACAAUCCUUUUAUAGAGCCCGUCCAAAACCAAACAGUCGUCGACAUGAAAGAUGUGAUGGUUUUAAAUGAUAUCAUAGAGCAAGCCGCUGGUCGGCAUAGUCGUGCUAGUGACCGUGGUGUCUCUGUUUACUAUUUCCCAACAGAGGACGAUGAUGAAGAUGGCCCCACAUUCAAGGACAAAGCUCUUGAGGCUAUACUUAGAGGAAUUGACAUUUUUUGUGUGUGGGAUUGUUGCUGGGUAUGGCUAAAAUUUCAAGAAUGGGUUUCACUUAUCGUCUUUGAUCCAUUCGUUGAGCUUUUUAUUACAUUGUGUAUUGUUGUAAACACAAUGUUCAUGGCAAUGGACCACCAUGAUAUGAAUAAGGAGAUGGAAAGAAUAUUGAAAAGCGGCAAUUAUUUCUUCACUGCGACUUUCGCAAUCGAGGCCACUAUGAAAUUGAUGGCUAUGAGCCCAAAAUAUUACUUUCAAGAAGGCUGGAAUAUAUUCGAUUUUAUUAUUGUGGCACUUUCCCUUCUUGAACUUGGUCUGGAAGGAGUUCAAGGACUUUCUGUUUUGAGAUCUUUUCGCUUGCUACGAGUUUUUAAACUUGCUAAAUCGUGGCCUACAUUAAAUUUGCUAAUUUCAAUUAUGGGUCGUACUAUGGGUGCAUUGGGUAACUUAACAUUUGUCCUUUGCAUUAUCAUCUUCAUCUUUGCCGUAAUGGGAAUGCAACUAUUCGGAAAGAACUAUACGGACAAUCAGGAUCGAUUCCCCGAUGGUGAUUUGCCUCGCUGGAAUUUCACAGAUUUCAUGCAUUCUUUUAUGAUUGUAUUUCGAGUAUUAUGUGGUGAGUGGAUCGAGUCCAUGUGGGAUUGCAUGUACGUUGGGGAUGUAUCCUGUAUUCCGUUCUUUUUGGCCACAGUCGUGAUUGGAAAUCUAGUCGUGCUUAAUCUUUUCUUAGCUUUGCUUUUGUCCAAUUUUGGUUCAUCUAGUCUCUCAGCGCCCACGGCAGACAAUGAUACAAAUAAAAUCGUUGAGGCGUUUAAUCGAAUAUCACGUUUCAAAGCAUGGAUAAAGCGUAAUUUUGCCAAUUGUUUCAAUUAUAUUCGUAACAAGUUGACAAAUCAAAUUAGUGAUCAACCAUCAGGUGAGAGGAUCAACCAGAUCAGUUGGAUUUGGAGCGAAGGCAAAGUGGUAUGUCGUUGUAUAUCUACAGAACAUGGGGAUAAUGAAUUGGAGCUUGGUCAGGAUGAAAUUAUAGCUGAUGGUAUAAUCAAGAAAGGGAUCAAAGAACAGAACCAGUUGGAAGUAGCAAUUGGCGAUGGUAUGGAAUUCACUAUACAUGGCGAUAUGAAAAACAACAAGACGAAGAAGUCAAAAUAUCUGAAUAAUGCAACGAUGAUUGGCAACUCAAUUAACCACCAAGAUAAUAGACUGGAACAUGAGCUAAACCAUAGAGGUUUGUCCCUACAGGACGACGACACUGCCAGCAUUAACUCAUAUGGUAGCCAUAAAAAUAGACCAUUCAAAGAUGAAAGCCACAAGGGUAGUGCAGAAACAAUGGAAGGUGAAGAAAAACGAGAUGCCAGUAAAGAAGACCUUGGUCUUGAUGAAGAACUUGACGAAGAUGGGGAAUGUGAAGAAGGUCCACUUGACGGUGAUAUUAUAAUACAAGCAAAUGAAACAGAUAUAUUGGACGAGUACCCAGCAGACUGCUGUCCUGAUUCAUACUACAAAAAGUUUCCAAUAUUAGCUGGCGAUGAGGACUCGCCUUUUUGGCAAGGAUGGGGCAAUUUACGACUGAAAACGUUUCAAUUAAUUGAAAAUAAAUAUUUUGAAACAGCUGUUAUCACUAUGAUUUUGAUGAGUAGCUUAGCUUUGGCUUUAGAGGAUGUCCACCUUCCGCAAAGACCCAUACUGCAGGAUAUACUUUACUAUAUGGACAGAAUUUUUACGGUUAUAUUUUUCUUAGAAAUGUUAAUCAAAUGGUUAGCUCUUGGCUUCAAGGUUUACUUCACAAACGCAUGGUGUUGGCUUGAUUUCGUCAUCGUUAUGGUGUCGCUUAUCAACUUCGUUGCUUCACUUGCUGGAGCUGGUGGUAUUCAAGCCUUCAAGACUAUGCGAACGUUAAGAGCACUGAGACCACUACGUGCCAUGUCCCGAAUGCAGGGCAUGAGGGUCGUCGUGAAUGCAUUGGUUCAAGCUAUACCGUCCAUCUUUAAUGUGCUAUUGGUGUGUCUAAUAUUUUGGCUAAUUUUUGCCAUAAUGGGUGUACAGCUUUUUGCUGGAAAAUAUUUUAAGUGCGAAGAUCAAAAUGGUACUAAGCUAAGUCAUGAAAUUAUACCAAACCGCAAUGCCUGCGAGAGUGAAAACUACACAUGGGUAAAUUCAGCUAUGAAUUUUGAUCAUGUAGGUAAUGCGUAUCUGUGCCUUUUUCAAGUGGCCACGUUUAAAGGCUGGAUACCAAUCAUGAAUGAUGCAAUAGAUUCACGCGAGGUGGGCAAGCAACCAAUCCGUGAAACCAAUAUCUACAUGUAUUUAUAUUUCGUAUUCUUCAUUAUAUUUGGAUCAUUUUUCACUCUCAAUCUAUUCAUUGGUGUUAUCAUUGAUAAUUUUAACGAGCAAAAGAAAAAAGCAGGUGGAUCAUUAGAAAUGUUCAUGACAGAAGAUCAGAAAAAGUACUAUAAUGCUAUGAAAAAGAUGGGCUCUAAAAAACCAUUAAAAGCCAUUCCUAGACCGAGGUGGCGUCCACAAGCAAUAGUAUUUGAAAUAGUUACAGAUAAAAAAUUCGAUAUAAUAAUUAUGUUAUUUAUUGGCCUAAAUAUGUUUACCAUGACACUCGAUCGAUACGAUGCGUCCGAAACAUAUAAUGCUGUCCUAGACUAUUUAAAUGCGAUAUUCGUAGUUAUUUUCAGUUCCGAAUGUCUAUUAAAAAUAUUCGCAUUACGGUAUCACUAUUUUAUAGAGCCGUGGAAUUUAUUUGAUGUAGUAGUUGUCAUUUUAUCCAUCUUAGGUCUCGUGCUUAGCGAUAUUAUUGAAAAAUACUUCGUAUCACCAACACUCUUACGUGUAGUUCGCGUUGCAAAAGUGGGUCGAGUACUGCGUCUGGUCAAAGGUGCUAAAGGUAUCCGCACAUUGUUGUUCGCACUAGCUAUGUCGCUGCCAGCUCUAUUCAACAUUUGUUUGCUGCUCUUUCUCGUCAUGUUUAUCUUCGCUAUUUUCGGGAUGUCAUUUUUUAUGCAUGUACAAGAAAAAAGUGGCAUCAACGACGUUUAUAACUUUAAAACAUUUGGCCAAAGUAUGAUAUUGCUGUUCCAGAUGUCUACCUCAGCCGGUUGGGAUGGUGUUUUAGACGCUAUUAUCAAUGAGGAAAAUUGCGAUCCACCCGACAACGACAAGGGCUAUCCGGGCAAUUGUGGUUCAGCGACAGUUGGAAUAACGUUUCUUCUCUCAUACUUAGUUAUAAGCUUUUUGAUAGUUAUUAAUAUGUAUAUUGCUGUCAUUCUCGAAAACUAUAGUCAGGCAACCGAGGACGUGCAGGAAGGUCUCACUGAUGAUGAUUAUGAUAUGUAUUACGAAAUUUGGCAACAGUUUGACCCCGAGGGCACACAAUAUAUCCGAUAUGAUCAACUUUCUGAGUUUCUGGAUGUUUUAGAGCCGCCUUUACAAAUACAUAAGCCGAAUAAGUACAAAAUCAUAUCUAUGGAUAUACCAAUAUGUAGAGGAGACUUGAUGUAUUGUGUUGAUAUUUUGGAUGCUCUAACCAAAGACUUUUUCGCACGGAAAGGAAAUCCAAUAGAAGAUACUGGUGAAAUUGGCGAAAUUGCUCCUAGAGCAGAUGCGGAAGGACAUGAACCUGUAUCCUCUACUUUAUGGCGACAGCGGGAAGAAUAUUGUACACGAUUGAUACAAAAUGCCUGGCGAAAGUAUAAAGCCCGUACAUCUGGUCAAAUUCAAGGAAACAUCGAAUGCAACUCUACUCCUGAAAAUGGCGAUAGUACCGAUCCAGGUGUCGGACAAAAAUCUGGAGACACUGAGCGGGAUGACAAAGCUAGCGUCUUAAAUAGCCCAGAAGGGUGCGUCUGUGGGAGCCCAGUUAGUCCUGGACUUGCGAGUGGUGGAGUAGGUAGUGGAUCAAAUGGCAAUAAUGGUCGCCAAACGGCCGUGUUGGUCGAAAGUGAUGGCUUUGUGACAAAGAACGGUCAUAAGGUUGUAAUACACUCGCGCUCACCGAGUAUAACGUCGAGAACUGCAGACGUCUGAGCCAGGCCUCGCCCCUCCCUCCAGGAUGCACCUUCAUCGAACUGACUUAAAUCACUAAAAAUAAUUUUCUGCCACAUUCAACAACAACGACAGCGUACAACAAAAUUACAAAUGCAAUAAAGCUACAAGAUCCAGCAUCACUACAAAUAACUGCAGUUUUUUCUAAAAUCUGUAAAAAUAAUAUAUAUAUAUAGAUAUAUACAUAUAUCUAUCUAUAUACUAUAUAUAUAUACUAUAUAUAUAUAUGUAUGUAUAUAUAUUUAUAUAUUGCUACGGAAAUUAAAUACGGGAAGCACAAAUAACACCUCAUUACUGUGACUCUAAACAAAUGGAAGUUAAUCUAUUAAAUGAUGCUUAUUAGUUUAUUAAAGUUUUCAAUUAGUAAAAAAUUUGUUUACUUCCUUACUUUUUAUAAUAUAUGUAUACAUUUAAAGGAUUAUUCCUAUAACCAUCUUAAUUAUCGAAUGUUUUAUGCUUAGUUUCGCUUGCCGCAAUUUACAAAAAUUAAAUACAUUUUGGAAUGUACGUAUUGUAUGUACCACAUUUCUAAACGUUUUUUUAUGGCAGCAAUUUUUUUUAAUUUGAAGCAAAUUUGCGGACCAAAGCUAGUAAACAUACAUUUAUAAAUUGCAAUACAAAGCCUACUGCCAUAUCUCUAAACCCAAAUGUACUGCAAUUGGAGAAAAGAGAAAUAUUUACAUACUUACACCACUAUUCUUAAAUCUAAAUUUAAUAAAAAUAAAACUUCAUUCCAUGUCCAUCGCUAUAUCAGUGAACUUACGCCGCACAUAAAGAAAAUUUUGCAAGUAUGGUCAUAAAAUAUUAUGAUUUCUUGGAGAUGGGGUAUAUGGAAAAUCGUAAAAUACAUAGCAAAUUAGAAGCAGUCGGUGAAUAAGAGUUAAUCGCAUAUGUAUCAACGACUGAAGUUAAAACUUAUUAUAAAGUAAUUUCAUAAAAUAAAGUUUUCAAUAAUUAAACGAUCAAAAGACGUCUUGCUUGCAGUACGCUAUUUUAAAAUAUUGAAUUUGAAGAAUUAUUUGACAUGACAUGGAUGAGAUAUAUAAUAUAUUAAAACUACAAAUAUGAGUGAAUAAGAGCAUGGAGCCUGAUUAGAAAAACCAACAAUAUUAACCAUAGUUUACUACAACAUUUUCACGAUUAUUUCUGCAUUAUACUUGCUUCAAAAAUUAUUUGUGAAGAUAAUAAAAUACUAACAGAAUGUGAAUUAGUAACAAAAAUAAGCAGUUAAAAACAAAUGAUCUAUAAUUCGAGUAUGGCACAUUUUACGACAUGUACGGUCAUUAGGGUGUGAAAAAAUUUUACGGGUGUAGUUGUUGGACACAGAAUCUUAGGAAACUCCCGAUUUUAAAGAAUAAUGCAAUAGAACACUCUGAAUUAGAAACAAUGGCUAUAAUGAAAUAAAUCUGUAUCAAUUGAAUAUUCGGUAACUAUGGCACAAAAUGGCAUACUUAUAUUGCUCAAGAAGGGAUACGCAAGUCAUCACGAUGAUGAUAGAUGGGCAUGCGCAUGAAUAUUAUUACAUUUGAGCAACUAUU